UCGGCCAACGGACCACCGGAAGAGGAUGGCGACAGCGGCUCCAAAGAGAUUCUGGUCCGGAGGGCGCAGUGAAGCAGGACAAGAGGCGAGUGGCACCGCGACGGUGGCGGCAAGGCCAGGGUUGUGGGCACGACUGGGCACCUGGGCCCGCGCGCUGCUUCGGGAUUACGCCGAGGCGUGCGGAGACGCGGCGACCGCAGCGCGGGCCCGGCCGGGCCGCGCCGCCGUCUACGUGGGGCUGCUGGGCGGCGCCGCGGCGUGCUGCGCCCUAGCGCCCAGCGAGGCGACCUUCGAGGAGGCCUUGCUCGACGCAUCGGGGUCCCUCUUGCUGCUGGCGCCGGCGACGCGCAACCGCCACUCGGAAGCGUUCUUGCAGCGCCUGCUGUGGCUGAGGGGCCGCGGGCGAUUGCGCCACGUGAACCUGGGGCUCUGCUCGCUGGUGUACGAGGCGCCCUUCGAUGCCCAGGCCAGUCUCUACCAGGCCCGCUGCCGCUACCUGCAGCCACGCUGGAUCGACUUCCCCGGCCGCGUCCUCGACGUGGGGUUCAUGGGCCGUUGGUGGAUCCUGGAGAACCGCAUGCACGAUUGCGACAUCAACGAUGACGAGUUUCUCCACCUGCCUGCGCACCUCCGCGUCGUCGGCCGCCACCAGCUGCAUUCCGAGGCCAACGAGAGGCUGUUCGAGGAGAAGUACAAGCCCGUCGUGCUCACCGAUGACCAAGUGGACCAGGCGCUGUGGGAGGAGCAGGUGUUGCAAAAGGAGAAAAAGGAUAGACUGGCGCUUAGCGAGGCCGACUCACUGGUGCAGUCCGAGGUUUCCAGAUGAAACCCAGGGAGCCCCCGGUUUCCAGGCUCAGGCAAAAAACUGUUAGCCAGGUGCAGGGGAUGAGAAAUCCAUUCAGUGUGGUUUUGUAGGAAGCCCUUCUCGCUCUGUCUGUCCCAAUAGCUGAAGCUAAUUGAAAGCCUUUCUGGUCUUGGAGGUGGAGAAAAGCUGAAGGACUGGUCUUAACCAUGGAGCAUUUGACCAUGUUAUGCUUAUAACCAUCAGAACUACGAGUCAGGAGCCUGCACUGUGUGUGUAGCCUGUUGUAGCUGGGGGUGUACUUCAGUGCAGUGGUAGAGCACUUGCCUAGCUUGCGUGGGUUCCUGGGUUCCAUUCCCAGCACUGCAAAACAGAACACAAAUGAACUUCUGGUUUUGGAUUAUUUAUUUGGUUGGUUUUUGAGACUAGUACUUCCAUAUAGCCCAGAACUGGCCCUGAAUCCUCCUGCCUCAGCUCAAGUCCACCACGAUGUACAUAGCCCAUGUGUCAGCCCUAUUCAUAUGGCUACAAAGACGUCUUGAUUGCCAGUGACUCCCAAGAUCCUAAGACCAGUCACAUAUUCACAAUUUUUGAGUGUUUGUAUGAACUUUUAAGGAAGAUCUGGCUGUGUUGCCCAGGUUAGUUUAGAAUUCAUGAGCAAAAGUGUUCCUUCCAGGAGCUGGAUUGUUCAGUAUUUAAGAGUACUGAUUGCUCUUCCCUUGAUUCAAGAACCUUGGUUCAACUCUCAGCAUCCACAUAGGGACUCACAAUCGUCUAUAACUCCAAUUCAGGGAAUCUGACCUUUCUCUUCUGGAGUCCUCAGGUACUAGGCAGGCACGUGAUGCACAGACAUGCAUGCAGACAAAACACUCAUGCACAUAACGUUUAAAAAACGAUCUCCUAAAUAGCCUUCCAAGGUUGGGACUAUAAUCAUGUGCCGGUGCCCAACCUCAGAUUUUUUUUAUUUCAGUUGGAACUGAAAUGUGCUUGUUUGGGUUUUUUGUUUCUUGUGGGGUUUGGUUCAGUUUGUUUUGAUACAGGGUCUGGAACUGGCUAUGAAGAACAGUCUGGUCUUCAACUCACAGA